AUGCUUCAUUGGCGAGCACAUGAAAAGCCAUCGGCUAAAGAUUUGACAGUUUUCCUCGACGAUCCUCAGCUCGAAGUUCAUGCUGAGUUGGUUGUCUCGGUGGAAGAGGAGGAUGCAAUAUAUGUACGUGAAUUACUUGUUCCCCCUACUGAAGACGAUCCAGUAUUUGAGUCCGUUCCGGAUAGAAAUAUAGAGCGCCAUCCGGAACUUCCACUUAGGAGAUCUCCUUCGCCUCCACCGAUGAGAUCUCCGUCACCUCCACCGAUGAGAUCGCCUCUACCGCCAUUAUCUCAUUCUCUGAGGAUAUCUCCGUCUCCCGUACCCACCCACCUCCCACAUGGAUCGCCUACACCCAGUCAGACCCGUCAUUCAGAUGAUUUCUUUGCACGCAUGACUGGCAUUAUUAGAGAGGAGCUGGGAACGAUGCGACGUGAUUUUAUGACAGAGGUAGUCGCAUUACGAGAGGAGAUAGGGGUAUUGCGACGGAAUUUUACGACAGAGAUCGUCGCAGUACGAGAGGAAAUAGGGGUGCUGCGACGAGAUUUUACGACAGAUGUAGUAGCUUUGCGAGAUGAGAUUGGAGUGCUGCGACGAGAUAUAGGAGACCUUCAUACUGAGGUUGCAGCACUUCGAGGCGAUGUAGCAGGCGUCCGAGGGAAUGUCGGGGAGACUGGUGUCCCUCGAGAUUGGUGGGCAACGACCGGGGGAAUCGAUGAGUUUUUUGGUUAG